AUGUUUGAGGAUCAAGCUGAUUUAUCCACAGAACAAGCCGAUUUUUUCCAGCGCAAUAUCACCGACAACAAAAGGGAGGAAGCAAUGGUAACGCAGCAGGCGAAAAUGGAAGUAAUGGAUGUACUACCACCUCCGAAUCACGAGGAUCUGCAAGUACUGAUCAUGGCU